AUGAUGGGCGUCCUGACCGGUCUGAUCUACAUCGAGCUACGACGGCGCUCCAUCGAUCUCGCCCACAAUCGGUCGUUCCGCGUCGUUUGGUAUCUGAACUUUCUCGUCAUACCGCUAACGAUGCUGCCCUCGUACAUGUUCUACGUGAACGAUUUCGAAAAGCCCUCCAUUUGGAUGGCGGUGUACUUUGCGGUGCUGAAAAAUCUCUUCGGCAUCGGUGCGUGCAUCUUAUUCCUAGGGUCGAUUUACCGCAUCAACAAAGUGCUGCAGCGGAUGUUGAACUAUCGUUUCUUUGAGCCUUUGGGUCGACUGGCGUACGGUGCGUACUUGAGCCAUACAUUGGUGAUGCGUUACAUGUUUGUCAGUGCACGUGGCCCGAUCUAUUACAGUGAUCUGCUGACGCUUUCGCUUGUGGCCGGUUCCAUUGUGCUAUCCUGUUUGGUAGCCUUAUUGCUGUGCUUCCUCGUUGAAUUCCCAACGUCGGCUUUGCAGAGUCUAUUAUUUGAUGGUUUUAAAGCGCGCAAAACUACUAAUCAAGUCGAUCCGGAAGAUGUUACCGUACCCGAUCAACCACCGGCCAGUGCACCAGAGGUGGAAGCUAAGAAAACAGACCUUUGA